AUGUCUUCUCUACCCAGUCAUGCCCAGCAGGGUAACGUCAGCACUGGUGUUGUCCAGCAGCGGUGUGACUACAGCAAUAUGGCACUAGGCAAGGUGCCCUCCAUGCCCACCCCCCCAUGGCAGAGCAGGCAGCAGGGCCAGACGGGCGGCUCUGCCCUGGGUCCCGGAGACGGCAUCCCAGGGGCGCCCCGGCUCACAGAUGAGGACAAGCUGUACCUCUUCGACCGACAGCCGGGGUUCAAGAUAGAGGCGGAGCUUAAGGUGCCAGCGGGUCACGUGGGAGUGGGGUCGCUGGGCAGUGCCGGGCAGAGCCCCACCAGCCCCCUCUCCUCCUCGUCCUCACUCCCGUCACCCGGGAAGAUGCCCUCAUUCAGCGCCACCGACAGCCAGGCCAACCGAGCUGGGAUCGCCGCCACCCAGACCCACACGGCCCCGUCUCACCUGCAGCCCCAGGGGCCGGCUAGUGAGCACUGUGUCUGGAACCCCUUCUUCUCUGGGCUGCAAGAACCAGGCCCGCACACCCCAGGCGCCCGCUGCACUCCACCUCCAGCCAAGGCUCGUCCAGGGCUACCAGGGCUGGACAAGGAAGGCUGCCCCCAGGGCGGAGGCAGGAAUGGAGGUCUGGGGAGAAGCACGGCCGUGGUGAUUUUCUCUGAGGACAGUGACGAGGAGGAGGAGGAAGAGGAGCCUUCCUCCUUCAUGGGAGUCCUGGAUCACCGAGGGACCGCCCCGGCGACCGCCCAGCGCACCGCGGUCAGACGCACCAUGUCCGACUGCUCUCACCUGUCCGUGCCCUCCAGCCUGGACCUACCCGACGCCUACCCUGGGAAACCCAUCCUGCCCGGAGACAAGCCCUCUCCCAUGACGACGGGGACGAGGCCUCCGCACGCCGCCGUCAGGCGCUCCCUCACCGUGGCGGACGACAGAGGGACGGGGCACGGCGCCAUGACGCUGAUGUCACCGCUCGGCCGUUCCCCCCCGCGCGCCCCGGCCUCGCCGCCGCCCAGGAGGCACGACGGGAGCUCGGAGGCCAGCAUACUGCUUCCUGUUCCUCUCAGUGGAGCCGCCUUCAAUGGCUUCAGGCUGCCUAGCAACAUUGAGGUGAAAGCCGAUAACAAGGAGAAGAUGGAGAAGGCAGACCUUUUCCCCAAGGUGGACAAGACUGAGAACAAGACUGAGAGCAAGACUGAGAACAAGACUGAGAACAAGACUGAGAGCAAGACUGAGAACAAGACUGAGAACAAGACUGAAAACAAGACUGAGAACAAGACUGAGAUCAAGUCUGAGAACAAGCAGGACAAGCAAAUGGAGCACCUCGACAAGAAAGAGAAAGAAGAUCCACUCAAGAAGGUCAACAGCUCCGACAAGACCCAGAGCAUCCUCAAGGAGGAGAAGUUUGACAAAGCGGAGAAAGCGGAGAAAGCGGAGAAAGCGGACAAGCCAGAGAAGACCGACAAGGACGAGAAGAUGGAGAAAAAGGAGCAGGCAGAGAAAGUAACAGACAAGACGGGGAAAGCUGAGAAGGAGGAGAAGGCUGGCAAAGGGACAGUUAAAUCCCCAACCACCAACGGGAGCAAACACCUGGCCAGUCCCGACAGUAAGACCAAGCCUGCUGCAGGGUCAACCAAGCCAAACUCAGCCAAAACACGGCCCACCUCCCUUUCAACUGACGAAGCGGCCAAUAAAAAAACCCCAGUUAACAAGGCACCCACUCCCACGGCUGGGGCCAAGCGGCCUACCAGCCAAACCCCCACAAGCUCCACCCCCAGGGACACCAAGUCCAAGACAGAGAAUGGCACAGCCGAACGCCGUCCCCCUGUGCCAAAGGCCACACCCUCCGCCAGAGCAUCAACCAAUAAGAAUGGCUCACCGGCUAAUAAGACUGAGAACAAGACAGGGGAAGCUAAGAAAGCCAGCACACCAAAGCCUGCAUCAGCAACUCGCCCCCGGGCCCCCCGCACCCCCGCAGCCCCUCCCACCCCCCCUGUCACUAACGGGGAGGCCAAGGAGCCCCGCAGGCGCAUCACCAAGCCCCCCGUGCCCAAACAGACCGUCCCAGAGAAGAAGCCCCCCGUCCCCCGCGCCCCCAGAACCAACCGCCCUCUCAAUGCACCCACCCCGGACCUGAAGAAUGUGCGCUCCAAGAUCGGCUCCACAGACAACAUGAAGUACCAGCCUGGAGGAGGACGGGUCUCCUCCAGCCAGGGCAAGACUGAUGCCAAACAGACCGGCCAGGCCAAAGUUCAGAUAGUCCACAAAAAACUGGACUUCAGCCACAUCACCUCGCGCUGCGGCUCCAAAGACAAUAUCAAGCAUGUCCCUGGAGGAGGCAACGUCCAGAUUCUGAGUAAGAAAGUGGAUCUUAGCAAGGUGACUUCCAAGUGUGGAUCCAAGGAUAACAUCAAGCACAAGCCAGGAGGUGGCGAUGUGAAAAUCGAGUCCAACAAGCUGAACACCAAGGCCAAGUCCAAGAUUGGCUCUUUGGAGAACGUUGGCGAAGAAAUAGGAAAUGGAGAUAACAAGGCUGAGGAGGUGCAGGAGAAAGCCGCGGGGAAAACAUCCCCUCCUGGUGGUGCUCCAGCUGCACCUCCAGGAAGCAUGACCAAGGAGAACGGCCUGAAGCAGGCUACACCUACUCCUUUUGCCGGGGAGGGGCUGAGGGACCCCCUGGGCAUGGACAAACGCAUCCCCGAGACAAAUUGAGUCUCCCUUUCUGAGCUUUGGCCAGAAUGCACAGGCUCGCUUCCACCCACGGCGCAGACAUCAUCUCCCUGCCCACCCCUCACCCCCAUCGCAGCACCUCUCUCAGUGUUACUCUGGGGUCCGCCAGCCUCCUCUCCCAGCCCACCAGACCCCCGUGCCCCCCCCAGCCCAGUCCCUCCUUCUCCCCCAAACCCGGCCAAGGGGCAGCCGCGAGGCAAACUACUGGAUGCUAGCAGAACGAGGACUCAAGCACAUUCCAGCUCCCAGGUCCUGCUUUUACCUCAACCAUACACAGUAUCUCUUCUCACCACUCUCUCUCCCUCGUGGUAUCUCUCUGUCCUAGCCUCUUCAGCUUAGUAGUGAGUGUAGAACCCACCCUGAGAGAGCAGCCACAGGUGUCUCCUGUGGUGGUGUUCAGUGUGGUUCUGGCCCCCCCCCUGGAUGGCCCUGGCUAAAUGUUGCAGUGAUGAGUGGAGUAGAGGACCUCGGAGUGAACCCACUAGCCUAGACGCUCACUGACAUGUCAGCGCAGAGACAAGGGAAUCCCUGCCUGCCUUAGUUCUAGCCUCAGCACUACCCACAACUGUGUAUAUUCAAUGACUACAUCCACCACACUCACAGUUUGUCACCGUACUGUAAUGUCUAGCUCACCAUAGACUCACAGCCAGCCAAUGCUAUCUAAAUAACUGGUCUAGCCCUACUGGUAAAGAUCUGCCCCACCUAUCCCUUCUAAUGAGCGUAGUAACACUGUCCCUAUGGGGACCCCAGAGGUUUCCUGAGAUGUAGUGUAAACGGUCCAUAAAACUGUAUAUGGCUAUUAGAGAUGCACCCCUCCUUGUGAGCAUGUGGGACUGUCAUGUGAUCCCAAUGACAGGGGCUGCGAAGCCACGCCCCUGUACUUCUAGCCAAUAAUAUGUUAUGUCUCGAUCCCCUCUGUAAACUCGUGACCCUACCCCCCCUCCCCUAACCCCCCAACACCACCCCCAGCACACACACCGAAACAGGACUCACAACAAUAUGAACCUUGUAGGCUGUUUAACCAGUAGAAUAUUUAACAUCUCUCUCUUAAAGAAAAAAAGAAAAAAAACUGUAUUGUGUUUUACGUAAUUUAUUGUAUAACAAUGGGCUGUGUCGUUAUGUUGUUCCAUCGUCAAUAUAUCCUUUCCCUCUUAAUGUUUCACGUCUCUCAGAGAGCAAUACAGCCGUCCUCGCUGAGGGUUCAAGAUCCUUUGCUACUCAUGCACACAUUCAUUACAGUCUGGUACAGUCACAGACAGAGACAAAGAGAGAGAGAGAGAGAGAGAGAGAGAGAGAGAGAGAGAG